AUGAGGCUACAAGCUCAGGCUGAGAAGCAUGAAACAGAUUGGAGCAUCUUCUACUUGAGCUGCAUGUUGCAGUAUUUCCUCUCCUGCACAGCUGUGGUGACCGUGUCCUUCCUGCUGGCAGUGAUGGCCUAUGACCACUUUGUGGCCAUUUGUAAUCCUCUGCUUUACACAGUGGCCAUGCCACACAGUCUCUGUGACCUCCUGGUGGCUUGGUCAUAUCUUUGGGGUAUGACAGGCCCCUUGGUACUCCUUUGCUAUGCUCUUCAUCUAAAUUUUUCUGGACACAAUGUGAUCAACCACUUUUUCUGUAAGUACACUGCUCUCAUCGCUGUGUCGAGCUCUGAUGUUCACAUCCCCCACCUGCUGUUUUUUGCUUUUGCCACCUUCAGUGAGGUGAGUACACUGCUGGUCAUCCUCACACCCUAUGUUUUCAUUCUCAUGACUGUACUAAAAAUCCGUUCUGCCAGCGGGCAUCACAAAGCCUUCUCCACCUGUGCCUCCCACAUGACCUGCAUCAUCAUCUUCCACAUGACUGUCCUUUCCCUUUACUGUGUGCCCAACUCCCAAAACUCUCGACAAACAUUCAAAGGGGCCUCUGUAUAUUACACAGUCAUCAAUCCCAUGCUGAACCCUCUGAUCUACAGCCUAAGGAAUUGGAAUAAAUAUGUGAAGGAUGCCUUUAGGAAAUUAACACACACAAAAGUUCCACUUCAUUGA